AUGGCAGAACGUUUUUCUAUAUUUCCUCUAUGCCAACCAACAUAUGAGGGCGAACUUGUUGAUGUAGAAAAGAUCCGUGCUAUUUGUUCUAAUACAUUGUCUGAAAAUCCGCCAGAAGAUCGCGCUCUUGCUUGGUUAAACAUGCUACAAGUAUAUCCAAGAAAUCCAGUGAAUUGGGCCCAAACGCAAGAGCAAGCCCUCAGCUUAUAUCAAAUUUUUAUUCAAGAAUACGGACUUGAAAACUGGCACCAACGGGUUUUCCCGCCAUACGUCAAGAAAGAAGCAUUUAAAGUCGAAAACAAUGCUCUUAUGAAUGUAAUUCAUGGUGAUAUUGUUCGUACAGGAAGACAUAUUUAUUUCUUACCUCCAGAAGAUAUCCCAGAGGGCUGCAACCCAAAAGAUAUUCAAGCACCAUUUACAUAUCAUAUCAGAAGACUCGAAAGAAUCCUAUAUGUUUUCGGAAUGCAAAAUCCAUCUUUAUCUUACAUGCAAGGCUACAAUGAGCUUAUUGUUCCAUUGUAUUAUGUACUAGUACAAGCGAAAUCUAUGUUUCACGACGAUUAUUUGUUAAUUGAAGCACUAACUUACACGAUGUUUCAAUUUUUAUUAACAAACACAGAUAUUCAACUGUUUUAUACUACAAAAGACCAGUCAUCAACAAUUGUCAGCCAAUUACAGAUCUUUGAGAACCUUAUGAAAGUUUUUAUCCCACAAACUCAUAAAUUACUUACAAGUCUCAAUAUUUUCCCUCUACUUUACGCCUACAGAUGGUACAAUUUACUGUUUGCGCAGGAACACGACUUACCAGUCCUUUUAAUGGUCUGGGAUUCUCUUUUCUCUCAUAUUGAAGAAUUAAUCGAAUACGCUUUCUACAUUGGGAUUGCGCAAGUCAAAGAAGUCGCUCCUCAACUUGAUCCAACGAGUUUUGCGAAAUCUGUCAAAAUUUUACAAAAUCUUACGAUUCCUAACGCUCUUUCCAUUGUCAAAGAUGCUAAUAUGAUGUGGGCAGAACGAAAAGAGAAACUUGGCAAGAAUAAGAAAUAA